CGGCGCAAAAAGAGAAGAGAAGGGAAGAAGAAAUCGGCAGAAAAGAAAAGGCGAGAAGGAAGGAAGCAACGAAGCGAGGGGAUUCCGCGGAGUUGGUGGAGGCGAGGGUUUGGUGCGGCCAUGGAGAACCUGGCGAUGCUGUGGGGGAUCAUCGGGCCGGGCGUCGCCGGCGCGCUCUUCGGCGCCGGCUGGUGGUUCUGGGUCGACGCCGUCGUCUGCAGCGCCGUCCAGGUCUCCUUCAUCCACUACCUGCCCGGGAUCUUCGCGUCGCUGGCCGCGCUCAUGUUCAAUUGCGUCGACAAGGAUGCCAUCGGGAACGACUACUACUCGUCCUAUGGGGAUGAUUCCGAGUGGAGGGUGAAGCUUUGGCUUUUCGUCGCCUACGUCGUCUCUUUCGUCUGCCUGGCUGGAUCGGUGGGUUUGUUGGUGCAAGACGCCCUGAUAGACAAGGGCCCUUCUGUGUGGACUGGUGUUGCCGGCGUUCUGCAAUGUGUUUUCGUGUUGAUAAGCGGGUUGACAUACUGGACGUGCCACACCGAGGAUUAAGGGUCAAAAAUCUCGCGAAGACAGACGUCUAGUCUAUACCCGUGUGUGGUCCUGUGUAAAAAAAUAUGUUCAUUCCAGGGCGGGAUUACUUGGUGUCCGUGUGUGCAUAGCUGACCGCUUCCUGAAAUGGACCCCUAGCAUCAGUACUACGUACCUACGUGCGUGUUUAUCCUAAUUUGUUGUGAGCUUGUGGUGCUUGGUGGCUCGAGAGGCUAGCAUUGAGAUUUGAUCACGAGCUGCCUGCAGCAAGUCGUUAUUACUGUCGAACCUCCAUAUGAAAAUUCAGUUGACUCCAUUCAUUAAAGCUGCUGAUGGGCGGCUGCUCGCA